AUGCCUGACCAUGCCAUGGACAUAGUUGACCCUUCAUUGCUGAUCGAAAGAAAUGAUGCAGUUGGUGAUGAUGAAAGAUACAACAAUGACAUACGAGCAAGACCGAUUACAAGCAAUGAGGAUGGCCGCCCUAUCCAAGCAACAAGAUUGGAAGAAUGUUUGGUUUCUGUGAUGCAGAUAGGACUUUCAUGCUCUGCAAUGUCACCAUCUGAGCGUAUGCAAUGGAUGUCGUUGUCAACAAAAUGA